UUUCUUUUCUUCUUUUCUUAAACAGCUCUCACAACUGAUCAAAACUCUUCCUCCCUUCUUUCUGGCUGCAUACACACUCUGGAAAUAUCGUUUCUUGGGUGUAUCUCAUUAUUCAUUGUCAUAAUCUUUCUCGGCUUCCAAUCAAUUUCCAUAAGCUCGUUUUUCGUCAAUUAAUCAUCUCAGCAACAUACCUCAUUAAUUAAGGACACAGCCAUUUACUGCUUUGAUUUCGUUAUCACCAACUAGUUCACUUAUUCACAAUCAGUUUGAGCCUCUAAUGCAACUACUAUGCACGGUACAACUCUUUAAUCUCCUUCUCUUCGUAGUUCCUACUCUGAUUAUUAUUAUUAAAUUUUGACUUUAUAAAUAUUAUAGCACAAAAACAAACUUCGAAUCAUGACAAUUUAUAUAUUUUUGCAUGCUUAAAUGAAUACAAAUGUAUGUAUGAAUAAUCGAAAGGGUCAAUUGCAAAUUCCCAUAAUUUGAUUUGGAUAAUGGUUUAUCGUCGUAAGAAAACAAAAAAACUCAAUACAAUUUUCAUUUUAUUACUGCGAUUGAAACGUUGCUUUUCCCCAGCUACGAAAUGCUUGAAUAUGUAUGAAUGAAAUUUUUAAAACAAUAAUGCUCUUGAACGAUAUUUUUUCAUACAAGUGUCGAGUAGUAUCCGAGUAUUUUUGGCAUUGUUUCUACUUGGCAUUACUGUGUUACAAUAUUUUCAAUAACGAGUCACUUCAAAUUCAAAACACUCACAUUACAUAUGAAUGAUCAUGAACUAUUACAACGCCAGUGAUAUAUUUAAGGGUUGAAAAUAGAGAUCAGAACAUGCAUAGGUUCGCAUGUUACGGCCCGUUGUUAGUUCCAAGAGUACAUUCGAAUGUAAACAUACAGAAAAAAUUCCUCUGAACAUAGCAUAAACCUUCAUUCAAACUCUUUUUUAACAAGUAAAGUUAAAGCUAAGUUUUUCAAAACAGCAAUUUUACUUAGGCUUUUUUAAUCGAGAACGUUAGACAAACCCCUUUAUAAGCGGCUGUUUUACAAAGAACUGGACUUCCAAAACCACAGGAAGUAAUUGACGUUGAGCAGAAAGACUCGUUGUUUACAAUGGAGUCAUAAAAAGCAAAUCGCUGUCUGAAAACAGAAGAUCCUGUCCAAGCACAAAUAAGACCCCGUCCACACGUAUUGCGGAUAGGCCUUUCGUCCACACGCAUCCGAAUAUUUCAGAGAGUUAUCCGGAAACUUUUGAAUCCGCUCUCUAGAGUGAAAAUUUUUGUAUCCGCAAACAAUUUGGAUGCGUGUGGACGGUAAAUCCGGAUAUUUUUGUAACCAGAAUUGCCUAGCAACUGUUAUAGCGCAAAUUUUCAACAUGGUGGCCACUAAUACAGUUACCAUUGCUCUUUUACUUGGACUUAUUUCCAGUCUUGUAACGUGUGUUCAGUUGACCUUAGCAAUUUUUUCUGUACACUUCAACUAUUGCAAACGCAAGCUUGAUAUCCUCAGGCUUAUUUCCAUGUCUGAUGCACGGAUCAGACGCUAUAAACAAGUAAAACGAGCAGGAAAACAAUUUCGUCGUCGAAGAUUUUGGGUCCGACCAGGACGUACAAGCGCUUGGUGGGACAAUUUUGUCAGGCAAACUGUGAUAGAAGAAGAAUGGCGUGAAAAUUUUCGCAUGAGUCGACGUUCUCUCCACGAAUUAGCUGACGAACUUAGACCAUACAUAGAAGGCAAGACAACAAUAAUGCAUUUCCCAGUAGAUGUGGUUAAGCAGGUAGCGGUCACAUUCUAUUACUUAAGUGACGAGGGACGUAUGCGAAAAACAGCGAAUGCCUUUGGAUUAUCGCGUCAAGUUGUAUCCAAAAUAAUUCGUAAGGUGUGUAAAGCUAUCACGAUUCGACUUGGACCUAAAUAUAUUAAACUGCCAUUCACAAAAGAAGAUGUUGAGAGGCAUAUCAGGAACUUCCACAGAUUGCACGGCUUUCCUCAAUGUUUGGGCGCAAUUGACGGUACGCAUAUCGAAAUUAGGCAACCAGCAUGUAAUUCCACAGAUUUCAUAAAUAGAAAAGGACGGUAUACAUUAAAUGUUCAAGCUGCAUGUGACUAUAAGUAUUGCUUUAUGGACGUCGUCGUCAAGUGGCCGGGGAGUGUUCACGAUGCCCGAGUAUUUUCCAACUCAAAGUUAAAUUAUUUUCUUAAGAGUAGGGAAAUACCUCCAUGCCCACGACAAAUACUUUCAGAUGAGAAUCCCAUUCCAGUAUUCCUGUUAGGAGAUCCAGCCUAUCCCCUUAUGCCAUACCUCAUGAAGGAAUACUCAAAUGGAGGUUCAACAGUUCAGGAGCAAUAUUUUGGUAUGACCCUUUGCCAAUCAAGAAUGGUGAUUGAAUGCGCAUUUGGUCGUCUAAAAGCAAGGUUUGGGGCUUUGAAGAGGGCAAUGGACAUAAACAUUAAAGAUAUCUCUACUGUUGUCUAUGCAUGUUUUGUCCUUCACAACUUUUGUGAAGUUCACAAAGAGAUUAUUGGAGAAGACAAAGUUUGUUCAGCUAUUGAUUAUGAUAGCCACUUUCAGCCAGCACCUAGUCACAACAACUACAGAACAGAUUGUAAUGAAGCUGAAGGAAAGAAAACAAGGAGAGUUCUCACAAAUUAUUUUGACCCUUAAAAUUAUACAGUGUUCACUCAGCCAGAUUACAUGAUGUGCUAUCUCUUGUAACUUGAAGCAAAAUUCUACAUGUUAAUAAGAGAAAGAGUUAAGUUGAUGAAUAUGCAUUAGUAUAAAUUCAUUAGCACAAUGCAAAAAACUGCUUUUUAGCUGAUUUUACAUUACUCAAUUAAAAGCAAAUUAAUGUUUCAAGUUGCAUCAAAAAUAGCAUCAUGUUGCAGGCCUUUAUGUAGCUAAUAACUUUCGUUGUUUUGUCAACUUUUACUGUAAUUUUUCUGUUUGAAUUGUUUCAUCAACACUUAGAGUGAGAAACUUACCAUAAACUUCUGGUUGAAUUUGCUCCAUAAAUGUACAGUUAAUUAUAUCAUCAGAGUGCAUGCAAAAUACUAGUAACAAUUCAAUAUACCAGCAAUAAUUAAAUAUACCAAUAAUAUUUUAUAACCUUAUAUAUCAUUUACAGUAUGCAUCAUCUUUAAUAAGAUGUAUUAUAAACUUUGAACAAAACCAACAAUAUUUUCAAUGUCAUAAAUCUCAAGAAAUUAAUAAUAUCUAAUAUAUAAC